AAUAAAGUGAUAAAUCGAUUAAAUAUAUAAGAAUUUAGGUUUUAAAAUCCCCCAUAGGAUAAAUUUUAUUUGAAUUAUAUAAUUAUGAGGUGUGUAAUAUGCACAUAUAUAAUAACAUUGGUAGUAAUAGCAUAUGUGAAAUGUUCAGAUAAAUCACCUAAUUUACAAGGAGAAGGUAAUGGUGGAAGUUUAGUGCCUGAUUAUAAUGACAGUGAAGAAGAUGAUGAUAAUUAUAACGUAACUGAAACAAGUGGAGAAACUGAACCUACUCAAGAUCCGCAGACACAAGUACAAACUCAAGAUGUAAAUUAUUAUGUAACAGGACCGUCAGAUCCUUAUUCAUCUCAACCUCAAAUUAUAGAUGUUUAUCUGCUCCCUGGUACCCAAUCACCACCACCUCAACCGCCACAACCAACUCAACCAUUACAACAAUAUCAACCACCUCAACCACAACCUGUAGCAGUGCAAUUUUAUCCUCAAGUAAUACCUCAUCCUCAACCAACACAGCAACCGUAUGGACCAUACCAGCCACAACCUCAAUAUUACCCUGGGUAUCAACAAUACGUACCUCCUCCACAGCCACCACAGUAUUACGGACCACAACAAUAUCAUCCAGGAAUUCAAUACGUCCCAUAUCAGACGUUCCAAAUACCUCAACCACAGGUUGGACCACCUCUGCCAUAUCAACCUAUACCUUAUCAAUUACCGCCACAACCUAUAUCUUAUCAGCCACAGCCACAACAUAUACCUUACCAACCACAGCCACAAAUUGUACUAGCUCCACCACCUCAGCCCAUGGUACAACCCAUGGUACAAGCUCAUCCUAUAACACAACCAAUACCUUAUCAGCCAUCUCAGCCAAUUGUACAACCACAAGAUGUAACUAGUCAAGGACCAAUUCAAGAUCAGGCACAGGAAACUACUGAUAAACCUGAAGAAAAGGGGGCUGUUGGUGAAACUGGAAAAUUGUCAUUAGUGUUUUUGAAAAAAAAUAAUCAAGGGGAUUUGGUUGAGAUGACAAAGGAAGAUUACAAUGAAAAAUCUUCUGGUGUAAAUGUAGACAAAUAUUCGUUUAAAGCAAACCUUGAAGAAAUGAUAUAUAAUGGUGAAAGUAUUUAUAAACAUAAAAGUGAAAAACAUUAUAACAAAAGUUUAACUCAUAACAAAAAGUUUAAUGUAUUUAUUUUUCGUUUUUUAAAUGGAUUUGUUUGCGUCGAAAAUAUUAAAGGGACGUGGGUACAAACAGGACGCACUGUUCCCACUUUUAUUAAAUUUUUUUCACGAGAUAAAAAUGGUAAAGACUUUUUACUUAAUGAAGGACAUUACGAUCUUUCACUUACUUGUUCUAAAUCUUUUAGAUAUAGAUUUUUAUCAGAUGUUACGUGUACUAAAAUUAUUGUUAAAGAUCUGAUUGCUUGGGAACAAAGUACUGAAGGUUAUCCCUCAACAGUAACUUUUACUAUUAAAGGAAAUGUAAUGCUUCUUUUUGAAGAUUUUACUAUUGUUUUUGGAAAGAGUGGUGGAAAGUAUAGAUAUUUGUAUUCUGUAAAAAAUAAAAAAGAUUGUGAGGAUGAUUAAGAUAUCAUAAUUUCGUAAUAUAUUUUAAUAUUUUAAAUAUAUCAAGUAUAAAUCUUAUUAAUUCGAA